CCGGCACUCAGGCCGUCUCGCUCUGCUCUCCGGCGUCGGUUCCGGUGGCGGACGGCAGCAGAUUCGAACUAGAAGAAUUAGAAGAAGCUAGGACGGAGGCAGCAAGUAGAAGACCCGUGAUCGUGUAAUUCGCCUCGUGCAAAAAGAAAGAAAAGAAGCAAAAAGAUAGAAGAUAGAAGCAAACCGAAGCAAUUCUGCGUGUUAUGUGUUAUUGUUGUGAUCAGUGAUCAGUGAUCAAGUGAAAGUGAACACAAGAACGAGAGAGAAAGCCCAGUGAAUCAGUUCCCAUCGAAAAGGAUAGAAAUCAGAGACAAUGUCGGACAUUGAGGAUGUUUUCGGUGGCUCCGCCGAGGAGACCAAGCCCGAACCCGAUGCCCAGAGCAAAACCAGCGUGGUCACCGAGCACACCGAGGAGGUGAUUCCCGGCGAGACCGAGAAGAUGGUCACGGAGACCAUCGACGAGGACGGCGAUGUCGUGGAGGAGACCACCGAGGUUACCCGCAAAACGGUGAAGCGCACCAUGAAGAUCACUGAGACUUCUGCCACCACAAAGACAACCACGCUCACCACCCCCGCCAAACUGUAUGGCAAGGAUCUGAGUGAGUACGAUGAUGUGGACGUAGAGAGCCUGCUGGCCCAGCUCUCCCCCGAGGAGAUAACCAUACUGGCCAAAGAGGUGGAUCCCGAUGACAACUUCCUGCCGCCAGACCAGCGCAACAGCUAUGAGUGCACCAAGGAAGCCACCGGGCCCCUCAAUCGCAAGCAGCUGAUCGAGCACAUCAACAAGCAGGCCAUCGAGACACCGGAUGAGCCGGAAUUCGAGCCGUUCGUUCAGGGCAAGGUUCGCGGAAAGAAGUGGGUCCCUCCGCCAAGGGAUGCCCGCGACAUCGAGGCCGAGGAACAGAUCGCCAUCGACAUGGGCGAGGAGUACGAACACGCCCUCAACGAUGCCACGCAGGAGGAGAUCAUUGAUCUGGCCGCCAUCCUCGGCUUCCACUCGAUGAUGAAUCAGGACCAGUACCACGCCUCCUUGCUCAACAAGGGUCAGCCCGUGGGCCUGGGCUGGGAUGGCAUCACGAAAUCCACUCAGCAGAAGCUCUUCCCCAUGGAUCCGCCCAAUAGCACAGACGUGGAGGAGUCCAUCAAGCGGGUCAAGGACGAUGACUCCAAGCUGAUUGACCUCAACUUGAACAACAUUAAGAACAUCUCGGACGAGAAGCUCGAGCAACUGUUUGCCGCACUGCCUCAGAACGAACAUCUGGAAGUCCUCUCGCUGACAAAUGUGGGCCUCACCGACAAGACAGCCCUCCUGUUAGCCGCGGCCAUAGAGAAGAGCAAAACCCUGAGAGUAUUAAAUGUCGAGACCAACUUCAUCAGUCCGCCCGUGAUUGUCAAGCUGGUGCAAGCCCUGCUCAAGUGCCACACCAUCGAGGAGUUCAGGGCCUCCAAUCAGCGGUCUGCGGUGCUGGGCAACAAGAUCGAGAUGGAAAUCACCGACCUGGUGGAGAAGAACUCGUCGCUGCUGCGCCUUGGCUUGCACCUGGAGUUCAACGACGCCCGCCACCGAGUGGCCGCUCACCUGCAGCGCAACAUCGACAGAAUCUUCCGCGUUCAGAAAAUAAAGCCCAAUCUACCCAAGUUGAUCCUGCCGGGCAACAUGGAGAUUGAGCGGGAUCUGGUCGCCUAUAACCGAUCGGCCACGCCUUCUCCGUCGCCAUCGCCGCAGCCUCCGGCGGAUUAUGAAGUGGAAGAGGAUCCGGAUAACAUGGUUAUCCGCGGUGGCGGCGAUGCCUUCGAUCCGGAGAUCGAUCCCGACAACAUGGUGGUGCCGGGCAGUCGGUCCGUGACACCGAACUACGACGAUGAGGGUGUCUAUCAAGCGCACACUAAGAAAAGAUCUUGAGUUGCGACUGCAGUUCAGAUUUUUCAAUAAUCUGCAUAGAAAGUCGACAAGAAUUCAAUAAGCAGACCAGAAACCAAGCAACUAAACCAUUUUUAAAGCGUUUUGUAAUCUAAACCCAAAGAACCGAAGAAAAACAAGCACAUAACAACGAAAGAACGUGUAUAAUAUAAUAUAUAUAUAUAACAAGAAGGAAGCAGGAGCACAAGUUUAAGCUAAAGAUAAAGCAGCCCACGAGCUUGCCAAAAAAUCUAUAUCUAUAUACUCUAGAGACUUUAACUAAGCAAAGCAAACUGAAACCAAAGAAACGAAGCGAAAUAUCAAACUAAAUACAUAUACCACAUAUAUCGAUAAAGAUCGCAGAUCGAGCAGACUCGUGAUCCAUGGAUAUAGCCAUAAUACCCAUGUGCCACGAGUUAUGUUUUAAGUCGAGGCCUCUUCUAAAACUCAGCAGAAACCGUUUAGGCGUCACGUGUAUAAUUUUCUCUAACGCUUAACACAGGAACUAAACUGCGAUGUAUGAUCUAAGUGAGUCCCCAGAUCCGAGUCAAAGUAGAGCGAUAGUAGCAGAAAUCCAAGCAAUAACAAACAUAGAUUUGAGACACUUUUAUGAUUCAGUAAGAGCCACCAACUAACAGCAGAAAAUAAAGCAGCACCACCGAACAGAAGAGCCAUGAAAAACUACCAAAAUAAAAAACACGAUGCAGAAUAUCGCAAACAGACGAAAAUACGUGUGAAACGCCUGAACCAGCGUAAAUAAAAAGACAAAUACGAAAUAUGUAGCAGCAACCAACCAACAACAACAUGCCACCACCCAAGAACAACAAUCAAGCAGAAAGCCAUCUAUAUGUGUGUGUGUUUCUUUGUCCGACUCUUGAUUUGAUAAUUACCAAUUAACAAGCAAAACCACCCAGCAAGCAACCAAGAAAUCGAAACCAAACCAACAACACCUCCAGCAAACCAGAACAACAGCAACACGGCAAUGAGCAACCACGGCAACCAGAACAACAGAUCUAUGUCUAUGUCCAAACUCCCCCACCACCACCACCAACCGACCUCUGUACUCCCCGAAAACCCAACCAACCAACCAACCAGCUGUGAACUAACACCGAAGAAUGAUGUGCGACAUGAAUUGGACGUCAGCGUCGCAUGGGACAUCUGACCAGGAACUACACCGUUGGCGUCUGGCAGUAGGAUUCAUCCGAUUGGGACUGCGGAGUCUACACAUUUUACACCGAAAGAAAUCAAUAGCCUAACAAUAGUGUUGUCAC